CCGGUGUUCUCCGCUUAAAGAUCGUCGGAUUGCAACCAACUGAACAUCAACAGUAGAACAGUCUUGACUCCGGGAACUCACCGGAACCAAACCCUACUGUUUAAAUAAUUCUAUAUUUGUUUUUAUUCACUAUUCAUUUUAUGGGCUUACGCGCUAAUGCUAACUACCCUAGCUCGCGUAGCAGGUGAACUUAUGCCAUUCGGCUGCGACCAAAUACUUGUCGCUGUCCUCUUCAUUUCUAUACAGCGUUAGAUAACGAAGGACAUUCGGACCUUUUCAGUGGCUGUCAACGCGAUCCCUCAUCUCGGCUGUUUUGUGUUUUUUUAAUUUUAUUUUUUUACCGUGUCGGGACGUCUUCUGGACGUGUUCCUGGCUUGAGGCGUUCGAGGUCACCCGCGCACUUGAGCUCUUUAUCAAACCCCCCGGAAGGAAUGAAGAGCUUGCCGUACUUCUGCCGGGGAGAGGUCGUUCGGGGCUUCGGAAGAGGCAGCAAAGAACUGGGAAUACCGACCGCCAACUUCCCUGACUGUGUGGUGGAGCACCUUCCUGGUGAUAUUUGCACGGGCAUCUACUACGGUUGGGCCUGCGUAGGAAACGGCGACGUGCACAAGAUGGUGAUGAGUAUUGGCUGGAACCCAUAUUACAAGAACACAAAGAAGUCCAUGGAGACUCAUGUGAUCCACAAGUUCAAAGAGGACUUCUACGGCGAGAUCCUCAGCGUCGUCAUGGUGGGAUACAUUCGCCCGGAGAGAAGCUAUGACUCGCUCGAGGCGCUGAUCGCCGCCAUCAACGGCGACAUCUCGGAGGCCAAGGUGCAGCUGGAGAGGCCCGAGCACGUCAAGCUGCGGGAGGACAACUUCUUCAUCAGCCAUUCCACCUCCACUUCAGCCGCCUCCUCCUCAAAGACUUUCAUCAACGGCCACUGACGCCAAGCGGCGGCGCAUGGCCGGCCGGCCUGUUGCCAUGGCGACACCUGGGUGAAACCUCGUUAGUUUGAAUUGUUUUGUAGCAGCUGUCUUGUUUUCAGUCUUCUGUCUUUGGGUACACACACACGCACGCACACACACGUGUACAUUUGCGCAUGCAAAAACACAUUCAAUAAGCCAGUGUAGGAGCGUGUGUGUGUGUCAAGCGACGCUAUGCAGAAUGACCUUGGACUAAGAAAAGAUUGAAUCACUACAGGCUAACUCUGUUGUUUUGUUUCCUUCAUAUUUUUCAAAUCUCGAAUCUACUUGAAUGGUGGUCUUGGUAUCCGUUUGACUCUUUAUUAAUAUUAAAAUAAAGGGACAUCUUCUCUAUUUCUUUCCUCGGUGCACAUUUGUCACAUACCGACAUUACAACAAUGCGUUUGGAAAAGAUCUUUAAUAUCUUCAUAAUAUUUCACUCCAAAUGAUCCAACUUGAUUCUUGUUAAGCAUCAACUUUAUCUUUGUAAUAUUCCACAUUUCUUGGGAAAAAAAGACCAAUUGUAACAUUGAUGACAUACAACUUAAUUGGGAUAAUUUUCUUCCAAAACUCCAACUCUUGUGUAAAGCUUAACUUUUUUUCCACUGCAGAUUUUUUUCAAGUUAUUUUUCUCCGUUUUGUGUGACAAUAUUUGAUAUAUAUUAUGUAUUUGAUGUAAACAUCUCAAUGUUUACAUCAAAUAUCAUCUCAUCUCAAUCUCAUCUCAAGUACAUUUUGUUUUUCCUUCUGUGUACAAAAUUAUCCUUUCUGUUUUUACACACAAAAGUGCACUUGUUUCCCAACGUCUCUUUUUUUUCCAAUGCAAAAUUUGGACUUUUUCCCCCAAAAGAUUUGUCAAUUGAAAUGAACUUUUUUUUGUUUAAUGUAAAAUCUUUCAUAUUUUCAUAAGUUCAUAUUUUGUUCCACAACUUAUGUAUGUCAUUUAAAAAUAUUUAAUUAUUCUCAUCUGUCUUAUUUUUUAACAAAAAUACAACUUUCUCAUGUGAAAUAACUUUCACAUCUUUUUACAAUUAAAUGGCUUUUUUUUUUUAACUAUGUAAAAUUACGUUUCCCCUUUUUAUAUUUCAGCAUUUGGGGCCACUAUUACAACACAGCUCUUACCAAGGCCACUAUUACAUAACAAAUGGAAGUUAAAGUGUAGAGUUGAAGUUUAGCCAGGAGCUUGAACUUUUCUUUGCACAUAACCGCAACAUUGUUGGAAGCUCAAAGUCCACUCACUCGGCACAAACACACACUUUUCCCUCCUAUUGCUACAUAUAUGUUCUCAAUUCAUUUUUGUCUGUAUACUGUCAGAUGUUAAAUUAUAUAAUAAAAAAAUAUAUAUAUAUACACUGUAUGUAUAUAUAUAUAUAUAUAUAUAUACACUGUAUGUGUAAAGGACUUGUGAAUAUAAUGUUCAGAUUUUACUGUCUUGUGUUCUUCAAACUUUUGUAUAAAAAAAGAGAACUGGAACUCGAGGGUGUCCACAAAGUCUGGGUACAAAACCGAUUUCACGGUCAACAGACCUUUCUCCCCUUGACUUGUUUUUCUGAGAUAAAUGCACUUGAUGACCAUUACAGAUUCUAAACCACGAGACGCAUUACCUGGAGUCACUUGGAUUUUGCAAAGCGCUUCAAAUUAUGCAUUGAAAAUUAUGGAAAUCAUGUUGAGAAUAUUUAUCACCAUUGCAAUUAAAAAAAUUUUAAAUGUGGGGGCGGUUUUCCAUGUAUCCAGACUUUAUGGACACCCCGUAGAAGCUCUCUCUGACCAGAAUUUAGUGCUCAACGCGAAACACUUCUUCCAUUUUUUUCCAGAUCAUCCAAUAAAUCCUGAACAAUUCUCCAAAAAUA